UUUAUCGAAAUUUUUGAUAUUAUUUUUUUUUCAAAUUAAAAUUUAGUUGAUAGAUGGAAGAUUACAGUGUUGAUUCGUGUGUUUUAUCUAAAUACUUUAGGGAACUUCAGCAAGAAAAGAAAAAGUUAGAAAAUAAACUAGAGCACUUGCGCAUGAGAAAGAAUGAUAUUGAGUCGAAGUUAGAUACAGUUUCUCAAAAAAACUUGAUGCUUGUUCAAAAGAAUGACAACAUGGCAAGAACCGUGAACGUUGCCAAAUUACGAGUCCAGGAAACGCUGAUUCAAGUGGAUAAUCUUCAGAAAAAGAAUGACGAAAUCCAAAAUGUUGUAUCACAAGUAAAAGAGGCUAUUAUCAGCGAGGAACAAAGAAGUGAAAAGUUGCAGCAGUCUUAUUUAGAAAACUUUGAUAAUAUUGCCAAUGCUUUCAGAAAUGCAUCACAUUAUUACACUGAAACUUCGCUCAAUCAAGAGAAAGCAAGUUGGAAAAGUCUCGUUGAUCAAAAAGAAAACAUAGUUUGCAACAAGAAAGAAUUAAAUGAAAUUGUAUUUAGCAAACUCGAUGAUAUGAAAAUCAAUUUCGAAGAACCAAUGAAUGAAGAAGAAUCUCCGAAAUCGGUUUGGGAACUUUACUUAGAAAAAAAAGAUGCUGUGAGGUCUACUUUUGAAUUACAUAUCGAAAGAAAAAAGUCUAUAUUGGAUAAGUUAACAGAAGAAGUUAAAACCAAAUUAAAAAAUAUACAAGAUCUGGAGGCUGAAUUAGAAUUACUGAAAAAUUCAUCAACAGUAUAAUUUGCAUUGAACGCAAAUUGAAAAAAAAUCAUUUUAAUUUUAUUUCGAAAUAAAGCCUUAUAAUUAUUAUUUAAAA